UGGCCUUGCGGUGCUGCUGCUGUGUUUCCUGCGCUCAGCGAUCAGGCGUCCGGGACAGCCGCGAGGGCCUCGGGGCGGUGGCCGUGGGGCGGCGGAGCUCCGGCGUCCGGGGUCGGGGUGUGUGGGCUGCGGAGCGGGUGUCCGGCUGGGCGCUGCCGAGAUGCCGCUCUUCGCCCCUAACCCCUUCGAGCAGGAUGUGGAAAAAGCCACAAAUGAAUAUAACACCAGUGAGGACUGGGGGCUCAUCAUGGAUAUCUGUGACAAAGUUGGGAGUACUCCUAAUGGAGCAAAGGAUUGCCUUAAAGCCAUCAUGAAGAGAGUAAAUCAUAAAGUUCCCCACGUGGCUUUACAAGCACUUACACUUUUAGGAGCCUGUGUAUCCAACUGUGGGAAAAUCUUUCACUUAGAAGUCUGCUCUCGUGAUUUUGCCAGUGAAGCUCGAAGUAUCAUCAACAAGGCUCAUCCAAAAGUAUCUGAGAAGCUAAAAACUCUAAUGGUGGAGUGGUCAGAAGAGUUUCAGAAGGACCCACAGUGUAGUUUAAUAUCUGCUACUAUUAAAUCUUUGAAAGAAGAAGGUGUCACUUUUCCUGCUGCUGGAUCACAGGCUGCCUCAAAUGCUGCUAAGAAUGGUGCGGUCUUGAGUAAGAACAAAGAAGAUGAAGAUAUAGCUAAAGCUAUCGAGUUGUCAUUGCAAGAGCAGAAACAGCAACAAAUGGAAACCAAAUCCUUGUACCCAUCUGCAGAAGCUCAGCAGAACAGCCAGAGCUCCAGGAAGGUCCGAGCCCUCUAUGACUUUGAAGCUGUCGAGGACAAUGAGCUCACCUUCAAAAGUGGAGAGAUCAUCUUUGUUUUGGAUGACAGUGACGCCAAUUGGUGGAAAGGUGAAAAUCACAGAGGAGUGGGACUGUUCCCGUCUAACUUUGUGACUUCUGACUUGACAGUGGAGCCUGAAGCAGCAGCUGUGGAGAAAAAUUCUGUUCCUGAAGAUGCAGCAGAAGAUGUUAAGAAAGCAGAACCUGAGCCAGUCUAUAUAGACGAGGAGAAGAUGGAUAAAACACUGCAGGUACUUCAGAGUAUAGAUCCUACAGAUUUAAAGCUUGAUUCUCCAGAUCUUCUAGACUCAGAAGAUAUGUGUCAGCAGAUGGGUCCAAUGAUAGAUGAAAAACUAGAAGAGAUAGAUAGAAAACACUCAGAACUAUCUGAAUUGAACGUGAAGGUUCUGGAAGCCCUGGAGCUCUAUAACAAGCUGAUGAAUGAAACCCCAAUGUAUUCAGCCUACUCCAAACUCCACCAUCCUGCACAAUACCCACCCACAUCUUCUGGUGUCUCAGUGCAGUCAUAUCCUGUACAGCCGCCCAGUGGAAACUACAUGAUCCAGGGUGUUCACCAAGUCACCAUCUCACCAAAUUACAGCCUAGGACCUGAUCAGAUGGGACAGCUGAGAUCUCUGCCACAAAGCAUCAAUCCCUCUGGAGCAGCUCAGCCAGCUCAAGCUGCCUAUUUAAGCCCCGGGCCGGACGCUGUGCUGAACCAGCCCUACGGCAGCCCCAGCCCCGCUGUCCCCUCCGCCGCCGCCGGCAGCGCUGCCUACGCCCCGCCGCAGAUGGGAAUGGCCGUGGAUCUCUCAGCCUACCAGAGCAACACACCCAGCUUGCCUCAAGGACCAGCUUAUCCCUUGGCAGUUCCUGCUCAUUCCGUGCUACAGCAACAAACUAAUUACCACCAGCAACCUCUCCUCUAAAAGCAAAGCAGCUCCUGGCUCCCACUUAACGAAUAAAGAUUGCCUGACCUAACGAUUUGGAUCAAUACCUGUCACAGAUAGCAAACCCCCAUUCCCCCCCUCUUUGAAAUAACCCAGCAGGGUUUCAGAUAACACAGCAGAUCUGAUUGUUGAGCAUUUGCUUAAUACCUUGAACUACAUUUAGCUGAUGGUUGAAAAUCAUUCCAGUUUUACUCUGGGCCCUUAGGUUUCUCUUCUCAGUGCUUUCCAGAACCCACCACUUGUGAAUCUUCACUUCAAAAAGAUGGUCCAAAAAUAUAUAUAUAUUUUUUUUUUCCUUUUUAAAUGUAUUUCUGGAAACUUGAGGAUGCUUAAUCAUCAUUAUGUGUUGCUCUCAUUAAGUGUUGGUAUCUUGCUCUAAUCCUUCAAGGGGCUUGAGGGAACCCCUGCUGAUGUAGAGAUCACCUUCUGUCUGUGCUGCGCGCUGGGAACAGCGUCGGGAGUUCAGCAGGCGACAGCUGGAGGAGAAAAUGGUUUGAUGUUGUGACAGUGAGGACCACGUUCCUACAGCAGUAGGAGAAAGGAGGUUUCUUCAGUGCUGCCUGCUAGAUUUAUUCUUUUGGAAGCCACAGAGAACGUCUGAUGUUGCUUCUCUUGAGGAAAGCAGGUGGGGGUUUGCUAGAGCUCGCUUUCGGCAGAGGUGCUCCUGCAAGCACAAGUCUCCUGUGCAAGAGCAGGCAUGGAUGCUCCCAGCUGACUGUGUGGGAACUCUGUGGAUGGAUACAAGGUGCUAAGCCAGGGGCAUGUACAGAAUCUCUUCUCUUUUUUGGAUGUGUUUAGAAGUCAAGGAGUAUUGUAGUUCCUUGUGGUAAAAGGAAGGGAGCUCAAGAACGUUUGAAGCUUCUUAAGACUGUGAGCAUCCACUUUGUUCCCUUUCAAAGCGGGGAGCUAAGUGGAACAAGAAUCUUUAUGGGACCAGAGGGUUUUUGCCUCUCUUGGAUUUCCUUUCUCUGCCACCAUUUCCACCUCUCAAGGUACCCCAGUUGCACUCAGAGCAACUGAAACCAUUGGCCAAGCUGUAUUUAACACAGAGGUGCGUUGUGGGGCGCACUGUGGUGAGACUGGACUGGGUUUGGGCUCCUCGUUUGAUUCAAGGAGCAGUUGCACGCUGAAGGCCUUGGAGCUGUGGAAGAUUUUUGUGGUGGCCACGAAAAGAAAUCCAAGAAUUUCUUCCCUGAUGCACUUUUUUAUGAGGUGGGGUUUGUACAAGAGGAGUGGAAUUAUCUUUCAGGAACGUGGGAAUUCCUUUUGUCGUCGUUUCAGCCUCUGGGACAAGUCACUGUUUGUCUGCUCACUCCACAGUCGUGUUUAUACUGCUUUUAAACAACUCUGAGUUGGGAAAACAAUGAAGGCAAACGACUGAUUUCACACAUCUUGGCUCAAUGCAUGUAACUCCCAGAUGUCUAAAGUUUGGUUGCAGGGGGAGGGGUGUCUAAAUUUCCUACCAAGUGUAGGCUGCUGACUAUUAACCUUCAGCCCUCCCUCCGUUCCUUUCACUCGGUGUUUAACUCUUAAGUGUCGUGACCUUAUUGAUUUGCUUGUGCAACGAGGCACCUUUCCAUCUGCUCUUUUAAACCACAGCUUUGAUUUCCAUUUGUGCAAUCAGAGGGGAAGCUUUUGUCUUGCAUUUUGGCCUUUCAUUUCUCUUCACCCUUUCUCCCCCCAGAAGCAGUUUAGCGCACACGUUGCAAUACUGAGGUAUUUGGAGAACUCCUUCUUAAGGAAGGAAAACAAAAUCAUUUUGCUGCUGCUGUUCCAAAUUACUCUUGCUGGGAGAUGUUUGACUUUGUUCCAGGUGGGUGUGUAGUCAGACUAAACCUUGCUCUCGUCAAUAUUGAUCCUUCAUUGAGAUGAAAGCAGAUAUUUGGAUUGAUCCAGCUUGACUGGUGAGCACCUCCAGUCGAGAUGGCAAGAGAGCUGUGAUUUAAUUCUGCUCAGUUAAUUACUGGCUAUAAAUAAUGUAUAUACUCAUUUGUCUCAGAUUUUUCUACAUGGCUCCAUAAGCUGCACACUGUCCAAGCCUGAAGUUUUCUAAAGAGCAGGAUUUGUCUCCCUUCUCUCUCUCUCUGUCUCUCUCCUCUCUUCCCAGUUCUGUGAUAUGCAACUUGUAGAUAGUGUAAAAUAAUUUAAUUAUUAUUAAAAAUGGUGUCUUUAGAGGGGUUUUGGUGUUGAUAGCCUCUUGUUUUCCCUCUCUCUCUCUCUCUGUACCUCUCUCCCUGAUGACCAUAUUUAUUUUUAAGGCCUGAUUGUAACUGAACAUGCUGCCAAAGGAUCUCUCUAACUUCCAAUUUCUACACCAGGUUUCUACCAACCCUUUUAUAUCAGGAACCCGAGGGUAGAGAACUUCUGCUUUCUCAUGGGACCUUACCUUGGUUACCAUAGACAUUGGGGCAACUUCCUACCAAGACUUUUCUUGCCAGCUCUCUGUUUUUUUUUUUUCCCUGGGCAUUGAGAAAUCUCAGUGCUGGGUAAAUUUUCUGCUAGCACAAGUUGGCAACCUGUGGCAUCUGAAAGCAGCAGUUGGGUUUGGCCGGCGUCGCCGCGCACUGACACCUUUGGAGAAGCCAUGGUCUUUUCAGGCAGCUUUGGGCUUGCCAGAUGCAUUCUCUGUUGAAUUUGGGACAGAAGUGGUGAUGUUAAGGGGUCAGAUUGCCUCUGUACCCAGCAAACCCUGCAAAAUGUUGUUGUGUGUUCGUUGUCCUUCAGGUUUUUGUUGGUAGGUGUUGAUGGACUCGUGGGAUGGUGUCGUUCUGUUGAAGGCUUGUCCCUCAGAGAGGAGAGCUGAGGGGGACGUGGCUGCUGCUGCUGCUGCUGCAAUCUCUUCCAGGAGUUAUUUUCUGAUAGGAAGAUAUUAUUUUUUUCCCUUUUUGUCCUUAUUUUUAUCUAUGCAUCUUUUUUUUUCCUAAGAGAUAAUAGGCACUACUCUUGCUGACACUGAACACUGUGAUCUAGCUGAUGAAUGAAUAAGUUCCUACAAUGGCUGGCUCUCAGCAGUUAAAUUGAACACUUCAAACUGUUUGGAACUGGUGGAAAUGAAAAGGGAUGGAGCUGGGGCAGGUCGUGGGCACGUCUGAGCUUUCACAGCUCCUCUCCCUUCACCAGAGCUGGAACAUCUGGCCAGCCACUGACGGGUGGCACAGCUGAAAUGUGGAGCUCAGACUGAGGUUCUGCUUCUCCUUUGGUGUGGGGGUUGAAGAGCUUAAGAGGAGGGUCACAGUUCUUACAGAAAAUGAUCUUAAGGAGUUUGCAGUAUUAAGAAGAGGGAUCUGUUGUGUUGGGGUUUCCACGGGGCCUCCUGUCUGCGAUCUGUGUGCAUUGCCUUGUGUGAAUAAACAAAGUUUGGUUAACAAA